CUUGAUGUCUCAUGCAUGGCAAGAACACAACAUCUCACCCCCCUCGCAGUCGCUUACGCAUAUAUCCAUGCCCCCUCACAUGAAAACACGAGAAAGAAGCUGAGGGCUGCCAUUUGUAUUCGCCAUGUCAUUUGCGACGACACAUGAUCACCCACUCACAGUGCCUCCUGGCUUCUUAUUCGAAGCACACCCGAGCAACUGACAGACUCUGACUCACAUGAUCAUGCAGCAAGGCCCACAAGCAGGCUUGUACGGCCGCAUGAUCUCUCUGAUCUCCGGCUUGUCGUUUGCCAAUCCCCACGGGGUCUUCCCCUGUCGUCAUGAAAUGAGAUGAGCACACCACUUAGCCCAUCGAUGGUGGGAAUGUCUGUGGGCACUCACCCUGUUGUUUUCGAUGUUCAGCAGCGCACCGCCGCCCCACUCGAGCCUUUGAGAAGGACACAGAGAGAGUGGAUGAGACAUUCGCGUUAGUCGGUCAUUUGUGUCGCUCACAGCUGAGACACAGCUGCGGAUUUGCCACUGAGUACAGCCACAUGGAGUGCCGUGUCUCCGUCCUGUGUGUGUCAUGCACACAGGAAGAAGGCAAUCAAUCAGACAAGGGGCAUUCUGUGUAUCUCCGUUUGUGUCUCUUCACAUUGUUUGUCUGUGUCAGCAGGUCCUUUCGUUUGGCAUACAGGGCCGCCAUCACAUCGACAUGACCACCCUCGGCAGCCAUCAUGAAUGCCGCCACUCUGCAAUCACCACACACACAAUCGACACACUGAGGCGUCAGAGACAUGUGUGUGGUCUCUUACCUUGUCGCGUGCAUCGAUCAGUUUGGGAUCCCACGCCAGCAGCUUAUUGACCGCCGCAACAUGGCCAUUGGCGGCAGCGAAGUGCAAAGCGGUGUAGCCAUCCUAUUGCAUUCCAUCACACCCGACACACAUCUCAUUAUCACCAGCAGCACACAAGAUGGUUUGUCUGUGUGUGGGUACCUCGGUUAUUUGCUGCAGUACGUCAGGUUUGCUCUCAUGCAUAAGAGACAUCAUGUCAGCGUGACCUAGCAUGGUAGCUCGAAUGAACGGUGUCCACUGCGCGCAGAAAGGAUGAAAAGAGACCCCUCCAUGAGUGCAUCUCUUGCUCACCCCCUUUCCAUUUCUGAUGUCGAGAAUCUCGCUGCCCAUUUCUUCGACAAGCAAACGAGCCCACUCCACGUCGCCGGCCACCACGGCGUCGAAUAUGGUCUGCACAGAAUCAACACAAAGAUGGCGGCCCAUUGGCAUGUGUGCAAUUCAGUUGCUGUCUCCCUUACGUGUUUGACCUGCGGUGAUGGCUGCUCCCGGGCAGGCGCCUCUGUAAAACACAUCGCAACAGAUAAAUGAGAAGCUCCUCUGUGCACGCGAAGCCCACCACACCUGCUUCCGUCAGCCAUUUGACCCUGAUGCCAUCAGCCCAUUCACCUCUCCUCGAUAUACCUGCCCGAGCGACAUCCGCACACAACCCCUUGAGCUGUAUGUGUGUGUGUGUGUGCUUACCUGAUGCAGUGGUAUAUGUCCCUUUUCCAUGCUGCUUGCCGUCCUUCCACUCGCCCUGAUAUACCAGACAGGACACAUAUGAUGAAGUGGCUUAAGGGAUUUGAGUCUCUCAUGCACCUCGUAGCAGCGGCCGUCGGGCCACACGAAUUUGCCCCAUCCGUGUUUCUUGUCUCCGUGGUACGGGCCCUCGUAGUGGCGUCCGUCGGGCCACUCCAUGAGACCCUCACCGUGCAUUUUGUUGCCCUCCCACUGCAUUCACAGCGGGCAGACCUUUGCGAUGGUGUAUGACACUGUAUGUGUGUGUGCUGCGUAUGACCUGUCCCCUGUAGAAGCGUCCUUCGGCCCAUUUGUACGUCCCGGAUCCUUGCAGGUUGUUGUGCACGAAGUGGCCCUCGUAUGUGCUGCCAUCGGGCCACGUGAACACGCCUUCUCCGUGCUUCAUGCCGUCCUUGCAGUCAGAAAAUGCACUUCUGUGUCCGAAUGGUCGAUUGUUAUUAGUUGUGUAUACGCACGUGUAGUAUCCUUUGUAUGCCGAUCCGUCAGCCCAUGUCUCGACGCCAUAGCCAGUCUGCUUGUCGUCUGCCCAAUCGCCCUCGUACCUGCAGCAUUCACGACCAGCCCUGCCUGCAUAUGUCUUCGUCUCGUCCCUCGGGCACCUGGAUCCGUCAGCAUGUGUCAAUUUGCCUUUGCCAUGUCUCCUGUUGUCCUUCCAUUCGCCCUCGUACACAUCACCAUUGAUUUUUAUGCAUUUUCCGUGCCCCUGCAUCAAUGCAUUGAGUGGAUACUCGUCAGACCCCUUCCUUUGUCAGCAGCUCACGUGAUAUCUAUUGGUCUUGAAUUGUCCUUCGUAUUUGCCCUCAUCUGCUUUUUCCAGUAUACCGUAGCCAUCGAAGGUAUUACCAACCCACUCGCCCUCGUACUGCGCGCCUCCUGCAACAACAGGAGUCAGCCAGCUGACAAACUGCCAAAUCGUCCUCAUGGUGUCUCCACGCACCUUUGAGUCUCACCAUAGACCGCCUUUUCCUUGCCUGUGGGAAAGAGAGCUGUCCUGGCCACACUUGGUGCAUCGAUUCGUUCGUGUGUACCUGGCUGGUGUUUUGUUGUUUGGUGGGGGCUGGUGUGGGAGUGACUGCAGUCAACGGAUCAUCUAUAGUGUAUCCUUGUGUGUAUAGAUGCCUCACACAGACACGCGCAGCCGACCUGUUUGCUCUUCCGCAACCGCAAGCUUGAUCUGUGCGGGAGAGACCGAACUCGACGGCCCCGGCACUGUGCUGGCCAUGCUCACGUGAAUACCCGAUGAAACGCCGGCAGGAGGCACGUCAACGGGAGACACAGGGAGAGAGGGGGCCAACACCGCUUCUGCACGCAGCCAGAAAAACAUCGGCCAAUGAAGGCUUUUACCUGUGGCAAGAGCGCAAAGCAGUGGAAGUGUAUUUUCUGACGAACCAGAUGGAGAGUCCAGCAUGGCCAACACCUAGCGAGCAGUCAGGCAAGCAGAUAGUCGACAUGCGCACGCCUUCGCCCAAAAGUCCAUGUGAGGUACCUCUUUGGCUGUGGGGCGAUCUUUUGGAUUGAAGGCGAAACAACUCUGAGCAGCAAUCACAAUCGGAAGGGAAAUGCAGCACGAGAAAGGUUUUCGGCUUACCUUGAUGGCACCCUUGAUGUGCUCAGGCAGGGAAUCGGGGAUGCGGGGAACCUGACACGCGUGUGCAAAAAAAGGCCUUCAGGGAAUCUGUCAACAUGUGUCAACGUGGCAGGUCACCUGCUUUCGGACCACAACGGCCAUCAUGAUAUUUACGGCACUUUGGCCUUCAAAGGGAGGCCCACCUGAACAUCACAUAUAUAGGCUGCAAGUGUGUCCGAGUGAAGGUUGCAUCUGCUGACCGCCACACAGCUCCGCAAUGAUGCAUCCAACCGCUCAUAUGUCCGCCUCCAUAGAGGGCUUCCCCACUGCACACACCGGCAGUCAUUCAAGUUCCCAAGCCCAUCGGCUUUUGUUGUACUUACAGUUGUCUGGAUCCAAAGCUUCAGACGACAUAUAAUUGGAGGUCCCCUUAAUGCCAUCUGCAGUGCAGGCACGAAUGCACCAACACACACAGAGGCACCUCGCUCGCCGCCUUCCGCCAUGCCAUGUCUCCGCUUACCUGCAGCAGAGCUCGACGUCACUUGAACAUUCCGCGUCAUACCGAAGUCAGAUAUCUUGAUCACCAAAUACUCAGCCAACUGACAGACACGAGACACAACAAGAGGCUAUGGCCACCGACCGAGAGGUGAAGGUUGUCUGCCCUCACGAGAAUAUUCCCCGGUUUUAGGUCUCGAUGCAGGAUUCCGUGGUCGUGCAGAUACUGCACGCCCUCACAUAUCUGACGGCAAUCGACACACAGAUCUAGAUGAGACGCGUGACGCUGUCUGCUGUGCUGUACCUCUCUCACGAAUCUGUUUCGCACAUCUAGCGGCAGCCGUCUGUUCUUGGCCAAAUAUUUGUCCAGUGAUCCGCCCUUACACAACUCUGAGAAUGAUGGACACGCGACGCACAGUCAGGAAGCAGAUGAAUGAAUCGAGGUGACCUGAGACGAUCAUGAGGCCGUGCUUGCCGUCCGUGCAGACACCGAGGAACUGCACAAUGUUGGGGUGUCGCAGAUGCUGCAUCUCCUGAGCCUCGGACAGAACAUCCUCCAUCGCGCUAGCCAUCAACUCCUGCAUGACAGUUGCAUGACAUUCGCGAGUGUCGUGUGAUUUCACACACACCGCGAUACUCACGCUGUCGGUAAGUUCCUCCCCGGUGAGAGGGGCGGCCUCCCUCAAUUUCUCCAUGUUUGUGAUCUUUACAGCCACGUCCAGCCCCUUCCAUUGGCCCUGGUACACGAUACCGAACGCUCCACCCCCUGAUACACACACACAGAUCACCCAAUCGAUGACAUCGGGGCAGCAAUUGGUCGUGAGCGCACCAAGCUUCUUGUCGCCCACAGUCAGGUCCCUCGCCCUGAUCAACAGGCGAGGAACGGGUGAAGCCAUGAGGAGCGAACUGUGCUCGUUAGCCCCGCUGUCCGUUCGGCCCCCAACGCUCCCAGGAUUCUCGACUAUCCGCCGGCAGAUUGGUAUCCACAGAGACAUUUUGGUCCACGUGCGGGUGCUCACGCGCCUUUUUGUAUCUCAACUGACUGAGGACGGUCCUUGUUACAUACACCCACCCCAUCAUGUGACCCGGCAUGCGUCUGUGUGGAUGAAUUCUACUCGAUGCGAUGGAGGAAUGUCACUGCAUGGUGAUGCGAUCGAUCAACACUCACGCAGCCGCGAAAAGAGUUC